CGCGUGUCCUGUAUCCUGUGUUUCAGAGUGCCAUUCCCUGAAUCGAUCCUGCAGAAGUAGCAUCGCGGUUUUUGUGCAUUCCGGUCCGUGAGUUUUCCCAGCGGCAUUUGGAUUUCGCUCAGCGUCAGCCAGACGUGCCCCACAUCCCCAGCAUCUCCACACCCACCACAAUGAACUCCCUUCACGCCCACCUCCUCCUCCUGGCCGUUUGCUGUGUCGGCUACAUCGCCAGCUCCCCGGUAAUUGGCCAGGAUCAGCGCAGUCCGGUGGCCGGCGACUCCGAUGCCGACGUCCUGCUGGCCGCCGACGAGAUGGCCGACAACGGAGGCGACAACAUCGACAAGCGGGUGGAGCGCUAUGCCUUUGGUUUGGGCCGUCGGGCCUACAUGUACACGAAUGGGGGGCCCGGAAUGAAGCGCCUGCCGGUCUACAACUUUGGCCUGGGCAAGAGGUCGCGUCCCUACUCCUUCGGACUGGGCAAGCGCAGCGACUACGAUUACGAUGAGGACAACGUGGUCGACUACCGAGUGCCGCCGGCGAACUACUUGGCUGCCGAGCGAGGUGUGCGACCAGGACGACAGAACAAGCGGACGACGCGCCCGCAACCCUUCAACUUUGGCCUGGGCCGGCGUUAAAUUAUCCCGGGCCUAAUCCUCCCUUCGGAUGACGCACUUAUCCACAUCCAGCCGUGCGCCAUUCAUCUGGGAGUCCAGCUUAUCUAAAUCUUAUCAAGGAAGUACUUGCAAAAAGCUCUCAGACUCUUCUCCCAACUUAAAGCACAUUCAGGAGCCAAUCUAAAUGUCUUUGAAUCCAACCGAAUCCUUUGCACGCCCCUCGUCCCCAAAAAAUAUUUAUAUUAAAUCGCUAGAGCCAAAUUAUGUUUAGUUUUUAAAUCGAGACGUUUAACGGCAGCCUCCAAAUGAAACAGAACUGCAAAAAACCCAAAAAAAAAGAGCGAUCGAAUGAAAUGGCGUGUGCAAUUAUCAAGGAAGAAAUACAUAAAAUGUUAUACGAAUCUAUUAUAUAUGCAUAUUCAAUCCAAUUUACAGUACUCCACAUAUAUAUGUAUGUACAUUUUAAAGGGGCAUUAUUAAUAUACACGCGGAUUUAAACUUAUAUACUUGGGGCAAUCUCUCUCAAAAGGAGCGACACGAGUGGCAUUCGUUGUGGUCGCAGGCGGA